GUUUCUCCAGGUCACAAAUCAUGUCUAUUACAGCAAUUUUACUGUUUCUCUCUCUAAGUCUACUUCCCUAUGAUACUGAGGGCGUAGAAGCUGAUCUUGUCCUCAUAUCAGACCCAGGAGAAGCUGUUUGCCUUGAUGGAUCCCCACCAGGAUACUACUUCAGGAAAGGUACUGGAGCCGGAGCUGAUAACUGGAUAGUUCACUUGCAAGGAGGAGGAUGGUGCUAUGAUGAAGAAGCCUGUCUAGAGAGGAGCAAGACGGACAUAGGAUCAUCAAAGAAGUGGAAACCAACCGAAGACUUUGGGGGUUUGCUUUCGGACGACCCAACGCAAAAUCCAGAUUUCUAUCAAUGGAAUAUGGUCCGUAUCAAUUAUUGUGAUGGAGCCUCAUUUGCUGGAUAUGUUGAUAAAGCAGUUGAUGUCAGUGGUACAAGUAUAUACUUCCGUGGGUAUAAGAUACUUCAGACAAUCCUCCAAUCAGUUAUGAGUAAAGGAAUGAGCAAUGCCAAGGAAGUUAUACUAACUGGAUGUUCAGCUGGUGGGCUUGCAACAUACCUUCAUGCUGACUACGUUAUGUCACUUCUUCCUCCAACAGUAAAGUACCACGCAAUAGCUGAUGCAGGAUACUUCAUUGAUGCUCCUGAUGUCAAUGGUGACAUGCACAUUAGAGGCCUAUAUACUUAUGUAUUCAAUAUGCAGAAAUGCAGUGAUGGUGUCAAUCAGAAGUGCAUUGAGGCCUACAAAGCAACCAAUGAGACAUGGAAGUGCUUUAUGGCUCAAUACACUUAUCCUCAUAUUUCAGCUCCUUUCUUCUCCUUAAACUCUCAAGUUGACACUUGGCAGCUUGCAAACAUACUACAGCUAGGCUGCACUCCACCAAGAUGUACUCCAACUCAAAUGGAGCAGUUUGAAAAGUUUUAUGAGGAGUUUAAGAAGGCAUCAGCACCUAUAGUUUCUUCAGAAACAAAUGGAGCAUUCCUUAUUUCUUGUUUGACACAUUGCCAGUCAACUAGUUCCGGAUGGACAAGUCGAUUAAUCCAAAAUCAAACAGCAGCUGCUACAUUCGGUGACUGGUACUUUAGCAGAACCGGAAUAAAGAACAAUGUUGAUUGUGCCUACCCAUGUAACAAGUCAUGCUGAGGCUGAACUGCUAACUUUAUGCUGCUUAUAAAUGCUAGCUGCAUAUAUAAUACUGCAAUGUCAUUAGCUCUUGAUUUUUAAUUAAAAUGUUUUUGCUUUGCUGGUGAA